UGUGUGUGUGGGGGAAACUCAUCUUGAUGUGAAGAGAAAACUUGAAGGGACUGAAACAACAAACAGGAAAUGCCUAGCCCGGCUGCUGCUCUUGCAGAUGCAGAGAGGACCAGAGGCAGUUGCAGCGCACUGAGCUCUUCCCCCUAACAGGCACCGUGUGAACGAGCGAGCUAGCCCAGGGGAUCUGCUCUGCUGCCCCCCGGCCCUGUCCUCCUUCACGGGCUAUCCUUGCCACUGCAGCCAUGGGCUCCCAGCCCCUCCGUAGCAGAAGCCCAGGUGUCGCUGUCCCAUGCGGGAUUCUGACAGCUCUGCUUCACCUCUGUGCAUCUUUCAAUGUUGAUGUCAAAAACGCAAUGACGUUCAGUGGCUCUGGGGAGGACAUGUUUGGGUACACAGUUCAACAGUAUGAAAAUGAGGAAGGAAAAUGGGUACUUAUUGGUUCUCCAUUAGUUGGCCAACCCAAGAAGAGAACAGGAGAUGUCUACAAAUGCCCUGUAGGGAAGGGAAAAUCACCUUGCAUAAAACUGAACCUACCAGCUAACACUUCAGUUCCUAAUGUCGUGGAAGUGAAAGAGAACAUGACUCUUGGAACAACUUUAGUGACUAAUCCAAAAGGAGGCUUUCUGGCUUGUGGGCCACUCUACGCUUACCAAUGUGGACAUUUGCAUUACACAACUGGCAUCUGUUCUAACGUCAGUUCCACAUUUGAAGUUGUAAAUGCCAUUGCACCAUCUGUACAAGAAUGUAAGACCCAACUGGAUAUUGUCAUAGUUCUUGAUGGUUCUAAUAGUAUUUACCCAUGGGAGAGUGUCACAGAAUUUUUAAACCGCCUUCUGAAACAAAUGGACAUAGGCCCUCAACAAACACAGGUUGGAAUUGUUCAAUAUGGGCAAGAAGUAGUCCAUGAAUUUAACCUCAAUGCUUACAUGACAACAGAUGAUGUACUGAUUGCAGCCAAGGUGAUAAAGCAAAGAGGUGGAGCACAAACUAUGACAGCCCUUGGAAUAGAUACAGCAAGGCAAGAGGCAUUCACUGAGGCUCGUGGUGCACGAAGAGGAGUAAAGAAAGUAAUGGUUAUUGUGACUGAUGGGGAAUCGCAUGACAACUACAAAUUAGCAAACGUGAUUGAGGACUGUGAACAUGAAAGCAUUCAGAGAUUUUCUAUUGCCAUUCUUGGUAGCUACAGCAGAGGAAAUUUAAGUACAGAGAAAUUUGUGGAGGAAAUAAAAUCAAUUGCAAGUGAACCUACUGAAAAGCAUUUUUUCAAUGUCUCAGAUGAAUUAGCUCUUCUUAGUAUUGUUGAAGCACUUGGAGAGAGAAUAUUUGCCCUAGAAGCUACAACAGACCAGCUGGCAGCUUCGUUCGAAAUGGAAAUGUCUCAAGCUGGCUUCAGUGCUCAUUAUUCCCAGGACUGGAUCAUGCUUGGAGCAGUUGGAGCAUAUGACUGGAAUGGGACGGUAGUCAUGCAAAAAAACAGCAUGGUUUUAAUGCCAAGAAAUGAUACAUUUCGUGACAAGUCUUCAGAAAGAAAUGAACCUCUUGCAGCUUAUCUAGGAUACACUGUAAAUUCUGCAUCGACACCUGGAGAUGUGUUAUACAUUGCUGGGCAACCUCGUUAUAAUCACACAGGCCAAGUUAUCAUUUACAAAAUAGUAGGAGGAGAUGUAAAAAUACUACAGCGGUUAAAUGGAGACCAAAUUGGGUCAUACUUUGGGAGUGUUAUUACUACAGUUGACAUCAAUAAAGACUCAUUUACAGACAUUCUGCUAGUUGGAGCUCCUAUGUACAUGGGAACAGAAAAAGAGGAACAAGGAAAAGUGUAUUUGUAUUCUUUGAACAAGACAACAUUUGAAUAUCAGAUGAGCCUUGAACCUAUGAAGCAAACUUGCUGUUCAUUGUUAAAGCACAGCUCCUGCAAAAAUCACAAGAAUGAACCUUGUGGUGCACGCUUUGGGACUGCAAUUGCUCCAGUAAAGGACCUCAACCUUGAUGGGUUUAAUGACAUUGUAAUAGGAGCUCCUUUUGAGGAUGAUCACCGAGGAGCUGUGUACAUAUAUCAUGGCACUGGCAGUAGUAUAAGGAAAGAAUAUGCCCAGCGUAUUCCAUCAGGUGGAGAUGGGGAAAAAGUGAAAUUUUUUGGUCAGUCUAUACAUGGAGAAAUGGAUUUAAAUGGUGAUGGUCUAACGGAUGUCACCAUUGGAGGACUUGGAGGUGCUGCCCUCUUCUGGUCUCGUGAUGUAGCUGAAGUAAAUGUUUCCAUGAAUUUCACACCCAACAAAAUCAAUAUCCAAAAGAAAAACUGUAAUAUGGAUAAAAAAGAAACAGUAUGCAUAAAUGCCACAAUUUGUUUUGAAGUCAGACUAAAGUCUAAAGAAGAUACAAUAAAUGAAACCAGUAUACAGUAUUGGGCUACACUUGAUUCACAAAGACAGAUACCUCGAAGCUUGUUCAUGGAAAGUCAAGAAAGGAAGAUACAAAAAAAUAUCACUGUCAAAGGGUCAGAAUGUAUUAAACAUAACUUCUACGUGUUGGACAAGCCUGAUUUUCAGGACUCUGUAAAGGUUUUGUUGGAGUUCAAUUUUUCCGACCCUGAGAAUGGCCCCGUUCUCGAUAGCGACCAGCCGAAUGCAGUGUAUGAAUAUAUUCCUUUCACAAAAGACUGUGGAAUCAAAAAUAAAUGUAUUACAGAUCUGGUUCUGAUUAUAACAGCUGGAGACAGUUCCUCUCCAUUCAUCAUAAAGUCAAGCAAUGAUAAGUUCAAUGUGUUACUGUCUGUCAGGAAUAAAAAAGACAGUGCCUAUAAUACCAGAGUCUUAGUACAGUACUCUCCAAACGUUAUUUUUGCUGGAAUUGAGGAUAUACAGAAAGAUAGUUGUGAAUCCAAUCACAAUAUUACCUGUAAAGUGGGAUACCCUUUCCUAAAGUCUGGAGAAGAGAUUUCUUUCAGAAUAGUAUUCCAAUUCAAUGCUUCUUAUAUUCUGGAAAAUGCUACUGUUCAGGUGUAUGUAACAAGUGAUAGUGAAGAACCACUUGAGACCCUGACUGACAAUGGAGGAGACAUUACAAUCCCAGUAAAAUAUGAAAUAGGACUAAAAUUUUUCAGUAAUUUCAAAGAUCCCAAAGAAUGCCAUAUUAUAAUUGCAGCAAAUGAAACAGUUUCUGCAUAUAUUAAUACAACUGAGAACACUGGGGAUGAAGUUAACAUAAACUAUACGAUUGAAAAGGUGAACACUUUCCAGUGCCACAGCUCACUCUGCAGAUUUUCAUUCCCUACUUGA